AUGUUAUUGGAUGUAUUCUAAAAGCAAUCCUAAAAUUGGUGGUUAUAGUCAAAAUAUUCCUUUUAUAAAUAUGUAAGAAUUUUGCACUAGACUAAAAGGAAAUAAUUCCUUAGAAUGUCUUUCUUAAACAGUCUAUGUUCAGUUUCUUUAAAUGAAAUUUGUCAAGAUAGACGAUAUCUUUAAAUUUGUUAAAGUAUGAACUCUCUACAAUUAUGUGCUAAUAGUAUUAGAUAAGAGGGAUAUUGUACUUAUUAAAACUAAUCUUGUUAAGUAUUAUCUAAUUGUACUCAAUUAAAAAGUAUAUUUGAAUGUUUUUUAUUUGAUAAAGCAUGCUAAUAGAAUACAAGCUAUCAAAAUGAGAUUAUUAGCUUUGAUAGCUUGUUUUAAUAUAUAUAUGAAAAGUGUACCUUCUAAUCAAUUACAUGA